AUGGAAAACCCGGGCCGGAAAGUUAAGCGUAAAGAGGAAACGGCUGACUGCGCCGACUCACAGCCCCUGGCCGAAAAUCUCAUGCAGCGAGAGGCGAUAAAAACGCCGGAGGAGCACAAGGCAAGGUCCCCGUUCCCCCCUUUGGCAGAGAAUGAAGCUGCCGCCGCCGGUGCAGCGGAGGCUGCUUCCAGCGAGAAUAGCGAUGUGGAUCCCCUCUCCAACAUACCGUACCUAAGACUGUGCACUGCUUCUUCCUUUCUCAAACGAAAGGCAGCCACACCCACGGAGAGAAAAUCUGUGCCCAAGACUCCACGUGCCAAUGGAGCUGAUCAAAUUGCAGGUCUUUGCGGCAGGGAUAUGCCCAGCCUGGGAACAAACUCCUCCUCCUCCUUCUCCUCCUCCUCCUCCUCCUACACCUCUUCCUCUACCUCUUCCCCUACCUCCUCCAGUGAGGAGAAACUGCAUUCUUCCAGCGUGGAUACCGAAACCACAACCGAUUCCCCCCAGACGCCCGAACCAGAGGCGGAGCAGGAAACAGCAGCUGCUCCGAUUACUUUCUUGCCAAAGUACAACCGCUACGAGCAGGAGAAGUUCCUCCAGCCGCUGUCCACUCAGACGAACUUUGUGAUCGAUCCGCUGGGCACUCACUUUCCCGAGGGUCCCUAUCGACUCCAGAGUCUCGAACAGGUGCCUCCCCCGAUGCGCUUGCCCAUCAUAGUGCUGCCAGCAGAUCCCCAUGGCCUGAUCACUUUGAAAAAUGUUAAAGCCUUGCUGGUGGAUCUGAAGUUCCAGCAGUCAGAGGAGCGUCCGUGUCCCUGGGCUCCAGUAGAGCAGCAUCGCGAGGAGGUCAUUAUAGAGCGAUGGUUUGCGGGUGGCGUAAGUAGGAAAUAUAAAGUCAUUGAUGAUGUCGCAAAAUUGGCAUCGUUCGAUGAGUGGCGUCGCAUUGUGGCCGUCUUUGCCUGCGGCCCCAUCGACCAAUUCAAGAACUGGUGGCCCUGGAAGCGCAAUGCCAAAUUGAUCUUCCUGAAUGUGUGCGCCUUUCACCUUUACGUAAAGGGCACAGCCGUGCAUCGGGAUAUCGCUCAAAUGUUGGACACAAUGGAAGUGAAUCCACUCGAAAUAGAUCUCCCCGAGCCGUACACACACAGCGGCACAUUGCUUUCCUUUUGGGGCAGACUGGACAAGUUUGUUCACUCCAAUGCAAGAUUUCGCUUCCUCUUGGAUGAUUAUUAUCCAGCUAAUACGUACUACUAGCUGCA